ACUUCAGGUGGGUGUGAGCUGCCAUGUGGGAGCUGAGAACCCAACCUGAGUCCUCCGCAGCAGCAAAGGCUCUUAGCCGAUGAGCCAUCUCUCUAGUCUUCCAUCUGCUUAUUUGUAAACAGUUUCAGAAUAGAGGUUAAGAACAUCGUCCUUGGCUUCCAUGAGCCUGGAUUCCAACAUUGCCACUUACUGACUUGAACUGUUAACCCUAGUUAGCAUAUCGGAAAAUGAGAAUAUUUUAUACAGAUCAUAGUUUUAUGAGAACCUGGCAAGAUAAAUAUGGACAUCUGUCAAAUAGAAAAAUAGUUCAAUAAAUAGUGUGUCAGGACGCCAGGGUAGCCGCAGUUGCCUGCGAGCUCACCUGUAAAGAAAAUUCAGCCAAAGGGAUGCAAGAUUUUUGGCCCAGGGUAGUGAUGAUGACAGCUACUGUAGAAGCCCUAGAAUUACCUAGGCCACAUUCCUCUCCUCGGGCGCUAUGUUUUACUUGCCUUUCCUCCCAGUUCUGGGGCUGCAGCUGGGCAGGGACCCUCUUCUCCCGCUUCAGCCUCACGCUAGGUGGGAGGUUGUGAAAGCCUAGCGGGAACAUUGUGUAGGCGGAACUCGAGUGCAGCGGUGGGAGGCUUCCGGGGGAACAGCACCGGUGACGGGUCGGCGGAGACAGAAAAGCGCCGGACGCCCGGCCGAUCAUGGAAGCUUGACAACCUGCAGGCAGGCUCUGGGAGGCCGAGACAUCGGCGAAGAGGACAGAGAGUCGGCGCAGACAGAUCUCAAGACCGGAGAAUGGCAGGUGAACAGAAACCCUCCAGCAACCUCCUGGAGCAGUUUAUUUUGUUAGCCAAAGGCACCAGUGGCUCAGCCCUCACCACUCUCAUAAGCCAGGUGCUGGAGGCUCCUGGAGUAUAUGUGUUUGGAGAACUGCUGGAGUUGGCCAAUGUUCAGGAGCUUGCAGAAGGAGCCAGUGCUGCGUAUUUGCGGCUGCUGAACCUGUUUGCCUACGGAACAUACCCGGAUUACAUAGAUAUUGAUGAUUACCACUGGCCUGCAUUGCCUAAGCACAGAGAGACAGCUAUUGCCUAUUGCAUCCCCUACUCUGUGCUGCUGAAGGACCUGGAGAUGAGGAAUCUCCGGGAACUCGAAGACCUUAUCAUUGAGGCUGUCUACACUGACAUCAUCCAGGGCAAGCUGGACCAGCGAAACCAGCUGCUGGAAGUGGAUUUCUGCAUUGGCCGUGACAUCAGAAAGAAAGACAUCAGUGACAUUGUCAAGACCUUGCAUGAGUGGUGUGAUGGCUGCGAGGCCGUUCUGCUGGGCAUUGAGCAGCAAGUUCUGAGAGCCAACCAGUACAAGGAGAACCACCACCGGACGCAGCAGCAGGUGGAGGCCGAGGUCAGCAACAUCAAGAAGACACUCAAAGCAACAGCCUCCUCCUCGGCUCAGGAGAUGGAGCAGCAGCUGGCUGACCGCGAGGGUCCUCCUCACACUGAGCAGAGGCAGCCCACCAAGAAGAUGUCCAAAGUGAAAGGUCUGGUCUCCAGCCGCCACUAGGGCCGGCUGGGGCAGCUGGCACUCACCAGGCCUGGGUCAGGUGGGGAGGGGACGCCCAGGGCCUGUUCCUCCCCUCUCCACCUGUAGUGAGUUCCAGACCUGCCCACCCUCUCCAGUACCUCCCCACCCACUGGUACCAUCGCGGAAAAUGAUUGCUCCUCCUUUGCCUCCUUUCCUAGUUGAUCCCUUCAGACUCAGGGGCUCAGCGGAUGCCAUCCCGACAGGGUCCGACACUGCCCAGCUCCCCCAGGGGUUCCUCGUCGAUGGGCUGCCUCCCUCCCAGGUGUUCCUUUGCUCCAUGUCAUGUUGUCAGGCUGGUCCUAAGCUGGAGGCAGUUUCCUCAGUCUUGAGGGGUGACUGUGGAGAAGGCUCCUCUCGGGGUGAAGAGGAGCCUUGCUCUCCAGCCCCACGUACCACAGUACCCACAAUGGUGCAAGUGUCUCUAGUCAGGUAGCCACGUUGUCCCUCUCCUGCCUUACCCCUGUCGGCAGUGCCAGUUCAGGCCGUGGAGGGACGUGGUGCUGGGCUCUGUUUACUAAACCUUUGGGUUUUUAGCCUCUUCAGCCCAGCCAGGAUCUCUGGUCAAGUUGGGAGCCCUGGGCUGACUAACCUCUGGUACCUGAGUCCAGUGGGGGUGCUUGGGGUCUGUGGGCGGCAGAAGGUGUUCCUCCCAGCGUGGUGUCCUUUGCCGGCCCCUCCUGCUCUGCCUGCUCAGCCGUGGGUUGGCACGUAGGCCCAGCUGCCCACUGGGAGUGUCUGCCGACAGUGCUCUCCGAGAUCUCUCAUGCCUCCUGGCUGCCCCGGGGUGGGAAUGGUGGUGCCGAAGCCCCUCAGACUGGUGAAGGACCAUUGCUGCUUCUUUCUCCUUCCUUCCCGCCCCUCCUUGGCUGGCGACCCAGAGCCCUCUGAUGACAUCUUACUCCUGGCCAGAGAAAAGGACUUGACUAGACUUUCUGAACUUGAACAGUUUCAGGUUAUAUUUUAAUUUUUUUUUUUUUUUUUUUGUACAGGUUGAUUCUAAUACAUUUCAACAUGCUUUUUUCUCCCUUUGUGUCAAUAUUUGUUACAGUCUAAUCGCCGGGGAUUUCUCACCUGGUUGGAGGGUGUGUGUGUGUGUGUGUGUGUGUGUGUGUGUGUGUGUGUUUUAUUUUGUUUUCCUAAGGGGAGGUGGAGGCCCUGGACUGAUUUUAAACUCUAUUGAGGAAAAAGCACAUUUUAGAAAAGCAAAAACAGAAACAACAAAAUAACAAGAGUGUAGAUUUGGCAUAUGUGACUAGAAUAUGGGGUUGUACAGGUGGGUUUGGAGAGCAGUAAUUUGGGUGGUUUAGAGAAUGUGACUGUUUUUGUAGCAUGAUUGAAAAGUGGGUUGAUUCAGUGUUAAAAGUAUUCUUGUUUUUCUUUUAUGCUGGUCCAUGUGCUCAUAUACCACUGUGCCUAACCAGAGGUUAGGUUUGAUUCCCAAAGUGUGUUUGAUGAAUCUCUGGAUCACAUCUCUGUGGAAGAGGGGUCCUGUUGUUAAAUAAAUGUGGCACUCCCUGCACCCCAAAUCCUCACUGGAAAUUCAUUACUAAAGUCUUGGAGGCAUCCUGGGAAUGAAACUCAUGCCCAUACUGAUUUCUCCACCAGAUCCUUCUGGGUAUUGGUAUUUCUAAUGGGAUACAUUUUGGGUAAGUUUUGGGAAACAUGUACUUCUCAAAAACCCUAAGAGAUGCAGAACAUCUCCCUGCUUCGUAGAUUUUUCCCCCAUUACUUUUUCUAGACCCCAGACAGGGAUACACUAUGAACAAGCUGCUGUUCAUCUUUUUCCCCCAUUGGCAAGUCUAUUAGGAAAUGGGGUUUGUUUAUUUUUAAUUUAAUUAAAAAAAUUUUUUCAAAA